UCGGGGGGCUGUCGGUGCGGAGUUUUGUGCCCGGUAUCCCGCGGUUCUCCUCGGCCCGGCCAUGUCUGACCCAGCUCCGCAGCCCGCUCCCGGGGCUCCCGAAGGAGAGGCUCCCGAAGGAGGAGCUCCCGAAGGGGCAGCCCCCGGUGGGGGUCCCCCCGGGGCUCCCCCCAACCUGACCAGCAACCGCCGGCUGCAGCAGACGCAGGCCCAAGUGCAGGAGGUAGUUGAUAUAAUGUGUGUAAACGUAGACAAGGUGCUGCAACGAGAUGAGAAGCUGUCAGAGCUGGAUGACCGGGCAGAUGCACUUCAGGCUGGCGCCUCAGUAUUUGAAAGUAGUGCCGCAAAACUCAAGAGGAAGUACUGGUGGAAGAACUGCAAGAUGAUGAUCAUGAUGGGAGUGAUUGGUGCCCUUGUGGUGGUGGUGAUUGCAACUUAUCACUGCUCAUGUUACUGAAGUUCAGGUGAAGGACACGUCAGACAAAGUGUUCAGUGCAGAAGAUUGGUCUCACUAGGAGAAGCAAACUUGCAGCACUGGUGAAGACAUGCCUUUGGCCAGCAUUUUGUACUCUUCAGGGAGUUGUGUCCUUGUAACCCUCCAGACCCAAUAAAGGGUUAUUUGCAGUCUGAUCUGUGAUGAACUUGGCAAUUACAGGGGAGGGUGAGCACAACUCUCCAGGCUUCUGACAUUUUCAGAGAUACUGUAGAAUCAGAGAAUGGUUUGGGUUGUCAGGGACCUUAAAGAUAUCUUGUUCCAGCCCAAUGGGCAGGGGCACCUUUCACUAGACCAGGUUGCUCAGAGCUCCAUCCAGCAUUCUCAGGUUUCUAGAGUGACAUCUCUAUGGCUUAAAAAGCAAUCCUUGGUAAGCCAUGUCUUUCCUGUGGUGCACUUACACUGAACUCCAGUGUCACAGAGGUGGCAGGUGCAUGGCUGGUGGGGGCCAGAACACUGAGCUGGAGGGUCAGGAGUGGCCUCUCCUGUUCUUGUGUCUGCCAUGGUCCAGAAAAGGGCUUUGGCUGAACACGGUGCCGUACCUGUGCUGGAGAAACAAUGCCCACGGCUGCUUUGGAAACACUGUAGAAUGUGUGAUUGUGAUGUAAUGUGAGGCUGAAGCAAACACAGUUUAUUUAAAUGAUUUACCUCUGGUCAGUGUAUGCUUUCUUGGAGGCAGCUGAGCUUCAGCUCUGUUCAUAAAGUGCUUCUUAACCAAUGUAGUUAAACUGCUGAAUCUAAUUUUCUAAUUUAAAUUGAAUGAGCAGAGGCACAAUCAAACAAGUGGAACCCAUGGGGAAAAGAUAAUCUUGAGCUGGGCUUUAUUCUUUGAAAAAUGUCUGCUCUUUUAAUACCACCUUAGACAUUCUGGCUUGUCCAUAUCCACAAAACAAUGCAGCCACAGCCUCCAAGUAAUCUUUGUUGGCUCGAGCGCAAAGAACUUAAUCUUUUGUUUUGCAGGUUGACAAAACACGUACAAAAUUUUCUAUCUUAUACCAAACAAUUCUCCUAAAGAGUGAGUUUCAAACACCUAAAUUUAAUAUUUGUUUGCACUGACACAUUGUGCCUUACAGUGGGCUGGUGUGCCCAGCAGCUAAUCAGAUGAUGACCAGAUUCCUGCUCCUCGACCCACGUGGCCAGGCAGUGAUGCCAUGUGGCACUUGGCCACGGCACAUUUGACCUUGGAAGGCAGCAUGGCUGUCUCCCAGAGAAGCAGAAUGACUAAUAUUAUUUAUCCCUGUCUUCUUAAUGCAAUCAAGUCUAUAUUUGAUGCACUCCUAGUCUCAGUGACAUUUUCUGUAAUAAGUGUUUUAUAUUUAAAGUGGAAUGAAUAUUGCUGUUAAGCACAAGGUCACCUUGUUUAUCAGUGAGCAUUACUUUUUUCUGCUUUAGAGUAUCUGCUUCACUUGCUUUAGUGGUUAAAAUCCAGCUUGAGACCUUCAGGGACACAGUAAUUGCAUACUCUAGUAGGGAGUAUCAGAGAGUGGGUAGUCAAAUAAAAUCAAAUGCCAUGGUAUAUUUUUCCUUAUGAAGAAUAUGGCCACUCCUAAUGCAUUUCUUCAUAUCUUCAUUAUUUUUCCUUCCUUCCAAGUUCAUGAGCCAAAAAGGCAGACAAACUGCCAGCUCUCAUUUCCGGUGUAACGCAGGCUUUGGAAUUUUACCCAGCGUCUCUUUUCACUGAUGUAAUUAAUUUUUUUUUUUCAUUUUCUUUUUUUUUUUUUUUUUUAAUUUUUAUUAUGGAAGGACAGCUUUAUAAAACUAACCUGACCUUUAUUUGAAUACCUUGAAAGUCAGUCUACCGCUUUUACUGACUGAUAGCUAGGACAGUCAUCCUCACUAUUGAGGAUGUGAGGUCUUAUUCUGCUCUGAAUGUGCCUAAAUAUAAGCUGCAGUGGUUGAGUGUCACU